UUCGUCCAAAAUGACCAAUAAUAUCACCAGGCCUGACUUAGAUAUAUUGCGGGCUAAAAUUACUUACUUCUCAAUAACAAAAUGCCCGUCUUCACUGCCAACAUCCCUGGCGUCCUGAAGAUUGGAGAUAGAAUAGAAAUUGGCGGUAAAAUUAAGGAAAAUGCGAGAAAAAUGUCAGUCAACCUGUGCGCGCAAGAGGGCGAGGAGCCGCGCGACGUGGUGCUCCACUUCGACGUGCGCUUCCAUCGCGACAACAUCAUCUCGCUGUCGAGGCGGAACGGCGUGUGGAUUGGCAGCGGGAACCUCGAUACCAACUACAACAUGUUCGUGCCUGGAACAAUCUUCCGCAUAAUAUUCGAAGUGAAGGACACAGACGUCAUCACGAUCUACUGUCAGGGCAAGUUCCACUCCAACUUUCUGCCGAAGAUUCCUAUGACCAUGGCUCGCUACCUGGUCGCGUGGGCUGACGUCGACAGGAUAACUCACUGCUACUUCCAGAUGAAUGAUAAAGGUGGUGACGAGGAAGCUUGUGGUGGCGGAAACCUGUUGCCGUCACCACGACAGGGACUUUCUCCUGUGAUUAAUGGAGAAGUGAAACGAUGCGCAAAAAUGCUCAGAAAGUCAUCACCUGGCUCACCAAAUCUGCAAUCUUCGAACGAAAGUUCCGACGACGAAAAAAAACCUCAUUCAAAAGUCGAAGGCCACGCAGACAAAUACUUUUACGAGGCGCUCAUGUGUAAGCCGCCCGAAUCUAAAUUCGCAUCCGCGGAGCUAAAUUAUCGACGCGAGAAUGUGAAGCCCGAAUACAGCAGGAAGUAUAGAACCGAGUACACUAUGGGAAAGAAUGAGACUGAUACAUCGGAAGAGAUUGGUUCAAAAAUUAUGGAGUCCACGGCAGAAUCUGACGCUAUGCCGGACAUGGCGUCGUUAAAAAAAAGAAAUAGGCGCGGCAAGUUCGCGCCGCUCGCACAAGUGGUAAAUUUUAUGGGAAAAACAGGGAGAAGAAAUUAGUGUUGUGCUACGAACAGCAACUUUUUUUACGAUUGGUGAUUGUUAUGUUACGGUUUUGUUAUUUAUUUAUUUAUUUUUUAUUGUGUUGUAUUUUAUUUUGUGUCUGU